GCGGUGAAGGUGAACACGUGACUAGUAAUGGCGUCCUCCGGCGCUGGCCGACUAGUAAGAAGAUCAGGAGCGGGUGGUCUUCUUGGAAGGGUGCACUGUCUUCAACAGCGGGGGUCUUCCCCACUGCCACUGUGUCAGCAACAUGGCCGCUUCUUCUGGGAGAAGUGGAAGAAGGCCCACUCUCACAGUGUAGUUGGCCCUGCUACUGUACGACCUGCUUACGCAGUACCAAAGCACAUUGUGCGCCCAGAUUACGUCAGCACAGGACUGGUCCCAGAAUGGCCGGACUACGUAGAAAUCCACAAUCCAGAGCAGAUCCAAGGCCUGGCCAGAGCCUGCCAGUUAGCCCGACAUGUGCUGCUACUAGCCGGACACAAUCUGAAAGUUGGUAUGACAACAGAUGAAAUAGACUUCAUUGUACAUCAGGAGACUAUCCGGCAUAACGCCUACCCCUCCCCUCUUAGAUACGGGGGUUUCCCAAAAUCUGUUUGUACGUCUGUGAACAACGUGGUGUGUCAUGGCAUACCUGACAGUCGGCCGCUUGCAGACGGUGAUAUCAUCAACGUCGAUGUCACUGUGUAUUUGGAUGGUUACCAUGGCGACACAUCGGAAACCUUCUUAAUUGGCCAGGUGGAUGAGGUUGGGCGGCGACUGGUUGAAACGGCGAGGCGCUGCAGAGAUGAAGCUGUCGCAGUUUGCAAGCCGGGUGCACAGCUUUGUGUCAUUGGGAACACUAUUAGUGAAAUUGCUCAAGCAAGUGGAUUCCAGGUGUGUCCUUAUUUCAUUGGACACGGCAUCGGCUCCCACUUCCAUUGCCACCCUGAGAUCUGGCACCAUGCCAACGAUAACGACAUGACCAUGGAAGAAGGCAUGGCCUUCACCAUAGAACCCAUACUGAUGGAGGGCUCUCCAGAGUUUAGAAUACUGCAAGAUAAGUGGACUGCAGUGUCCACAGACCAGAAAAGGUCGGCUCAGUUCGAACACACGCUGGUAGUUACGUCUGACGCAGUGCAAGUUCUCACCAAGUUGCCAGAGGAGAACAAGCUGUGACCUGACUUGAAAAACAUCCAACAAACUUCAAUGCAUCUAUUUCAAUAUAUUUUCUCCCUCACAUUUGAAAAUCAGCCUUAGAAACAAGUUAACAAUCAACAGGACACGUCUCUCUUUUUCAAUCAAAUCUCACCUCAACUUUAUACAUUAUUUUUAUGUGUUGAAUGCAUCAAACUUAGAGGAUAAAAAAAGUGUUCCUGUUUUUUUUAAAUCGCUAUUGUACCGCAUUUAAGUUGGGGGACAUUUAUAAAGUUAACCUAUAUGUCUAUUUGAGGUGAGGCGUAAAGUAAAGUAGACCUGGCAACAAUUGAGCCCCAAUCAUUGUAUUUCACUACAAGGUAACAAUGUGUGCUGUUUGUUAGAAUCCUCUCGUGCUCCAGGUUUAGUGAUCUGUAGUACUGGGGAGCGUCUGUCCUCUUGUGCUCCAGAUUUAGUGAUCUGUAGUACUGGGGAGCGUCUGUCCUCUUGUGCUCCAGGUUUAGUGAUCUGUAGUACUGGGGAGCGUCUGUCCUCUUGUGCUCCAGGUUUAGUGAUCUGUAGUAUCGGGGAGCGUCUGUCCUCUUGUGCUCCAGGUUUAGUGAUCUGUAGUACUGGGGAGCGUCUGUCCUCUUGUGCUCCAGGUUUAGUGAUCUGUAGUACUGGGGAGCGUCUGUCCUCUUGUGCUCCAGAUUUAGGGAUCUGUAGUACUGGGGAGCGUCUGUCCUCGGGGACGUUGCUGUUCUUGCCUCACUAUAUCUGUGGAAGUGUGUAGUGCUUGGCUUCACUGUGACUACCGUGGGAGACCAGGAAAUACUGAUGUCUUUUUUUUAAUUGUUAAUAAGGAUACAGCGUUAUGCAGAGGUGUACUUAGAACAAUUGAAUAGACAAAUGAGGGGCUGUGAAUAUUUUCUUAAUAUUUUCUAAUUAAGAAGCACUAUUAAUCAAUGUUUGGUUAGUCAGCACAUUCAUUGAGUAACCUUUCAUAAAACAAAAUGAUAUAAUGUACACUGGUACCUCAACUUAUGAGUGUUUUGAGAUAAGAGCUAUCUCUGGACUAAUUGUUAUGUUUCUGAGGAAGAAGCAUCCACACCAUUAGUUGGGCUAGUAAGCCAUUCUUACUUGCUAUCAUUAGCGUGUAGCUAGAGAUGGACAUAAGGAGAAGUGGAUGAUCUUUGAAUUAAAGAAAUCAAUCAUCAAUACCAUGACCCGGUGUGUAGUGGACAUGGGGAGCAGUGCUCGUCUGCACCACACUGAGGCAGGGAUGUUAAAAUAGUAUCAUUUAUCCAUGAAAAUAUGAGAAGCUGU